CCCCCCCCGUUGCCCGUGGCAACGAGUGAAGCCGCCGCCGCGGCGGUGGCCGGGCCUGGCGUGAAGGCCGGGUCCAGGGUCCAAGGCCCGGGCAGCUGGGCCUGGGGAUACCCCGUUCCCCCGGCGCCAUGGCCGCUGAGGUGGUGGUUGUGGGAUCCUGUAUGACCGACCUGGUCAGCCUUACUACACGAUUGCCAAGAGCUGGAGAAACUAUCCUUGGACAGAAGUUUUUCAUUGGUUUUGGUGGGAAAGGAGCCAACCAGUGUGUCCAGUCUGCUCGACUUGGGGCCAAGACCUCACUGAUCUGCAAGGUUGGGAAGGACUCCUUUGGCAAUGAUUAUGUUGAAAAUUUGAAGAAGAAUGGUAUUUCUACAGCAUUUGUAGGUCAGACUGCAGAUGCUGCUACUGGAACUGCUUCAAUAAUUGUCGACAGUGAAGGACAGAAUGUUAUCGUCAUAGUCCCAGGAGCCAACCUGCUUUUAAAUUCUGAAGAUCUGAAGAAGGCUUCUGAUGUCAUCUGUAAAGCCAAAGUGGUUGUUUGCCAGCUAGAAAUAACCCCUGCUGUUUCUCUUGAAGUUCUGAAAAUGGCACGUGCCAAUGGAGUAAAGACUUUAUUUAAUCCAGCUCCAGCCCUUGCUGACCUAGAUCCACAAUUUUAUACCCAUUCCGAUAUCUUCUGCUGCAAUGAAACUGAGGCUGAAAUUUUAACGGGCAUCCCAGUUGGCAACCUUGAAGAUGCUGGAAAGGUGGGACGCAUGCUGUUAGAAAGAGGGUGUAAGCUAGUAAUUGUUACUCUUGGAGCAGAAGGCUGCAUGAUGAUAUCAGUAGAAGAACCCAUUCCAAAGCACGUUCCUGCUGGGAAGGUCAGGGCUAUGGACACUACGGGAGCUGGAGACAGUUUUGUGGGAGCACUGGCCUUCUACCUGGCUUACUACCCCAGGUUACCCAUGGAGGAAAUGGUCAGGAAUUCGAACUAUGUCGCAUCAGUGAGCGUCCAGGCAGCAGGGACACAAUCUUCAUACCCUUAUAGGAAGGACUUGCCCCAGAACCUCUUCUGACUGACAUUGCUUAGCUCAAGGCUACAAAGAUCAGAGCUUCUUUUCUUAAUUACUUCCAAUUUCGUACUUCAACAACCUACUACAUGUUCCACAACAGAAGCGCUGCUUAGACCGAGCUCUCCUACUCUUCGCAUUCCCUACAGCUUGAGAAGCUUCUGGAAGAUCACUUUGCACAAUGUCUCAAUGCAGUAAUUUCAACUUUUCUUAGUCAACAAAGUAAUCCCAGUGAUCUCCAAUUCCCCUUCUGUAUGGAAUUCAGAAGGGGAGCCACAACCUCUGUCGGCAUGAGUGCUCUAAUGAGAGCAUACUGCUUCUGUGGUGGUUCCUCUCACCUCCCAUGAACCUCUUGUACUGUUAGAGCUCAGUAUGAAAAGGUCAGUCAGAUAACAAGAACAUAAUCAAAAAAUAAGCUUGAAAAACAUAACUACUGGCCAUGCAUUAUGUCAUCUACUUAGAGCUGCUUAAUACACUUCUCUGUUCUAGAGAUUUAAGUAAGCCUUUCUCACAUUGGUUUAAGUUCUAAGUUUCCCCAAAUUAAGCUUUUCAGCAUUAUAAAUUCAGCUUUUUAAUAGUAACCACAGACUCAUUUCUCCCUCAGAAACUUGAGCUCUCAGCCAUCUUUCAGAAAGCUGGGUGAGCAAAAGGCAGCUUGGCAAGUGCUAUAACCCCUCAACAAAUAGGAUUCUUAAACUGAGAAAGUCUACAAAGUCCAGAGGAACACAAAAGAACCCACAAACUGUCAUCUGGACAGCAGUAUCAUCUGUGGAGAAGGACGAACUUGUGUUUAUUUCUCCAAAAGAAAAAGUCUAUUAUGUAAGUGAUGGUUAAAAUUUAUUGUCUAGAGCACCCAUGGGAGCAUAAAAGAACAUUUCUAUUGAGGCGUACUUCGUGGCUGCUUGUUGGAGGUAGCACAGUCUAUCAAACCACACAAAGAAACAGAAUGAAAGAACUCCUGUGUUACUUUGCUUUGCCACUGCCAUGUGGCAUGGCUGUCAUCAAAGCUCUGAUGUGUCAGGCAAGUCAUUACUUUGUUUCCCUGCCACGAUCUGUAAUGAGGGUAAUGUUUACUUCCCACUGGAAUGUCAUAGAGAACAGCAACCAUACAGUCAUCCCAAUAUGAAACAUUUUAUGACAUAUGCUGCUAGAUGGGAAGAAUCCUGUUACAUUCAAACCUUUGCCCCACACAGCCCAAGAAGCUUAUACAAAGCAGGCUGACUUCUUCCCCCAGCUCUUACCAAUGGGAUCAUAUCUGUACAGGACCAGUUUGUCCUGCAGCCGGAGUCUCCUGACGUUGAAACAGUAGCCCGUCUCCGCAGCACUUUUCAUCCUCACCAGGAUGUAUCUAAAGUCACAAGGAAUGUCUGUAUCACUGCACCAACCUGCAGCAAGGGCCUGGCCAAUCUGCCAGGGCAGGGACAAGCUUUCAGCAUGAACAACUUGGCAGAGUCACUUAAGAUACUUGAUUUCAAUUUCAUGGUUGUUCUGGAUAGGGGUGUCAGUAUUAUAUGCUAAACUUGUAACAGACAAAGAGCCCACUAUAACCCAUAAGAUUUAGUAUCAAGUUUACAUAACUCCUGAACAGAAUACAAGCCCAGAAAGAAGUAGCUCCUCCACAAAGCAGUGAAGGGAGAAAGGGAAGGAAAGAGAAGGAAAAGAAAAAGUGAAAAAAAGGGAAAGUAAAAGAAUGAGGGGGAAAAAAAGGAAAAGAAAAAUGAAUCAGCAUGCAAUUGAGUCACUGUAACUUAAAAGAGAAUAGCAACAGAGGAAGAAUGAUGGUAGUUAAAGAUGUUUGGCUAUAGAUGACACUGCAUCACAGAAUAUCACUUCCACAUGCACAGAACCCGAGCAGACAGGAUGCAACAAGUGGCAUGCAAAAGGAGAAGCAGGACACAUCAGCACAGCCCAUCCCACUACAGAUACGGGGCUUGAUGUUAACCCAGUGCCAGGAAGCCCCUUCCCCACUGGAGGGCUCUUGAUCUAUGGGGCUGACUGGCAGCAGCUACAGUGUCCCUGGAGUAGAGCAAGCCAGGAGACUGAGGAGACACCACACCUCCAGCCUGGAAGUAGG